AUGCCACGUUCAGCUGCUACGGCUAGGAAGAGUCAUAGCAAUCGACAAGAUCAUGGCGCCGCCGGCUCUGGCAAGAAACCAAGCAAGCAAAAGUCGAACACGCAUCUAAACGCGAAUCUCAACGGCGCCACUACUUCGGAGUCCGGACCUUCCUCGCAGGUCGACUGGCCAUCGCAUCGUUCAACUGGAGACCAGGCAUCGGGAGUGACGGCGACCAGAAGCAACGGACAGGCGGACAGCUCAAAGGCGGACGGCAACGGACGUGGUUAUCAGAGCGGAUAUGCCAAGGGGAAUGCAGACAUGUCAUACGGGCAGAACGGUGCCGCGAUGUCGAAUGGUGGACUUGGAGGGCAGGCGUCACGUCGUACGGACAAGUCGACCACUGGGACGAAGAGGUCGACUUCCAAUGCUUCCGUUAAUCCGUUCCAGUUGGCGUCUACUAUCCUCAGAUCGUGCCCGAUGUACGACACUAUCGCCAUUCUGAUUUUUUUGCUGCAACUUCCUCCGAUGGUUCUCACCCUUGUCCAGUUCUUGUUUGCCUCCUUGACUUUUAUGCCUCCUAGCGGUACCUCCUCUGGCUCAUUGUCUUCCAAUUUCGACAUUUUCCAAGGUCCCGCCGGAACGCCCUCGCUCGGCACGAUGAUUGCGAUGGAUGGCUUUUGCCUGCUCUUUUGGGGUCUUUUCAUGUGGACCUGGGCUCAGAAUUUUGCGCUUGACCUAGCCCAUGUGCAGGUUGCCAUAACUCUGGGUGGUGGUGGAGCAGGGAAAAAUGGAGGUGUCAAUGCUCUCUGUGUUGGCAUCGUCCUAAUCUUGCAUCUCUUACGCAGUAAAGGUAUACAAGAUUUCGUGAUCGGCCAUCUCGUCUCUGCGAAAAUAAUCAGCCCCGAUCUACUGUCACAAUAUUCUUAUCUCAUGCCCGCCGAGUUUAAACGCACCGAAGCGCAAUCAUCUCCGAGCUGGGUCCGAAGCCUGCUUGCUGUACAUAUUUUGGCCCAGGCAGGAACCGCGAUGGCGAGGCGCUCAAUGACCAGAAACCGGACACCCGCUCCCUCCAGGGCAGGCAAGCGUAUUGAUACGGAAGCUUCGGCGGGCUCUCAAACGCAGAUUGAUUCGGCCUUCGAGUCUACCGCUAGUGUCUCGUCAUAUCUUGGUCCCGAUGGGCAGAUUAUCACCACCACGCACAAGGAUGGUAGGGAACGACUGAUCUCGGCCAAGAAGCGGAGAAGGCAAGCGAAUCAGGUCCGGAGCCGUCAACCCUUUUGGGCUGCUCUUGCAAGCACAAAGGUGACAGUGAUGAGGGAGUACGAACAUUCGAGGGCCUUGUCUAAAACCACUCGAGGAUUCACAGCGACCGAAGAUGAUCUCCAGGGCGCUUCUUUGGAUGACGGACUUGUCUGGAUCACGGAUGUGGACAGCUCAGCUAUUAAGUUUGCGGCGGGUGAUUUCGCCUCCGCCGACGACUCUUCCGCCUGCGGAGCUGCACGGGAGGAUACUGAACCGUUCUAUGUCUGCGUCAACGGCGCCCCAUGGGCCACGGCUACUCUGACUAAGGAGCAUGGUGCUUCAAAAGGAUCGAAUACUAUCUAUUGGCGAGGCGAAAUUUCUGGUCUUGCUCCGAAUUGUGCAUACACCUGCUCUUUUGUUAAAAGUGAUACUGAUGAGGAGGUCUGCGCCAUGAGUGUCAAGACUCCUGCCGCCAACGACGCAGAACAAGUUCACUCAGUACCAACCCCACCGCAGCCUUCCUAUCGACCCUCUUCUCCGACCACCACCCUGAAGAAUUCGAUCAUCAACGCCGAGGUGAAAUUGAACGAAAAACGCUCUCGUCUAAGAAAAGCCAAAAAUGAUCACAAGCUUGCCAUUUCCAAAAUCAGAAGGGAGCUAGACAACUACAACCAUCGCCUCCAGAGCGGCACGGAUGAGAACAGACAGAAGCAGCGGUCACUACAGCUUGAAAGGAACAUUCGGCAAACCGAGGAGGCCACGGCCGCCCUCGAUACGCAAAUCGAUACUUUGGAGAAUGUUCCGGACGAGGAGUAUCAAGAAUGGUCUGAGCAAAAAGCCAAGUAUGAACAGGAAGUGGAAAAUCUCAAAUCGGCCAAAGCAGAGCUUACCGCUGCGCGAGCCGCCAAAGCCCGCGACUUGUCGUCCUUGGAGUCUGAUCUGAAUUCCACCUUGCAGAAGCGCGAACGUCUACAGGGCCGCCGGACUAGAGUGAACGAACAGUACGAACGGAUUGUCUCUGCCAACGCUCAGGGUCUCAACGAGCGAGAACGUCGUGCGGCUGAACAGUUUGCCCGGGAGCAGGAACAAGCUAAAAUGGAGGCGAGCUUCAACGAACAGUUCGCGAGCAUUAGCCAGACAGCCCAGGACUAUCAGAUACGCACGGCCCAGCUGUGGCAACAGUGUACUGCCGCCGAACAAGCCCUCCAACAACAGCAGCAACUGAUGUUCAUGGAGCCUCCUCCGCUUACUCCUGAAGGCGAGCUACCCGGCACCAAUCCGUUUACAGACGCACCCACCAUGCCUCUGAGCGCCUUGGCGACCAAUUCCAAUCACCGAUCGUUGUUGGGCCAGACGUUUUCCGCGCUCAAGUCCAGUCCUCUCCAGCAAGCCUCGUCCCCCAUCGGCGCAACAUCUUCUCAUCCGACCAGCCCAAUCAAUGCGCCUUCGUACCAGCUUUUUUCAAGCUCGCCAUUUGGGAAUGCGGCUACUUUCCUGGAACCGGACUUUGUCACCCGUGAUCGCUCGUUCUCCAACCGUUCGGCCCGCAGCAGCCUUUAUGGCAUGGAUCUCUUUGAACCGCCUACAGGCCGCCGUCCUCCUUUUGAUCCGUUCGAGGGCGGCAACGAGAACCGACGCAGUUCGGGCUCCGACAGCAACCCGUUGAAUCUCAACUUGCGGCCCAUCUCAAGCCCCUUCCAGCGGGCCGCCAGUCGCGCCAGCGCAACCGGUAGCGGUGCAAGUGGUGGAAGUGGUAGCGGUAGUGGCAGCCCUAGUUCUGCUCGUGGAAAAGGAAACUGA